CUCGCUGCGCCCCGCGGAAGGCAGCGCCAGGAGGCACCAUGCCCCAGACGGUGGUCCUCCCGGGCCCUGCGCCCUGGGGCUUCAGACUCUCGGGGGGCAUCGACUUCAACCAGCCUUUGAUCAUCACCAGGAUAACUCCAGGAAGCAAGGCGGCAGCUGCCAACCUGUGUCCUGGAGAUGUCAUCCUGGCCAUUGAUGGCUUUGGUACAGAGUCCAUGACUCAUGCUGAUGCACAGGACAGGAUUAAAGCAGCAGGACACCAGCUGUGUCUCAAAAUUGACAGAGCAGAAACUCGCUUAUGGUCUCCACAGGUGUCUGAAGAUGGGAAAGCUCACCCUUUCAAAAUCAACUUGGAAUCAGAACCCCAGGAUGUGAACUACUUUGAACACAAGCACAAUAUUCGGCCCAAACCUUUCAUAAUCCCAGGCCGAAGCAGUGGAUGCAGCACUCCCUCCGGUAUUGACUGCGGCAGUGGACGCAGCACGCCUUCUUCUGUCAGUACUGUUAGUACCAUUUGCCCAGGUGACUUGAAAGUUGCUGCUAAGAUGGCCCCUAACAUUCCUUUGGAAAUGGAACUUCCCGGUGUGAAGAUUGUCCAUGCUCAGUUUAAUACACCUAUGCAGUUGUACUCAGAUGACAAUAUUAUGGAAACACUUCAGGGUCAGGUUUCAACAGCUCUAGGGGAAACACCCGUCAUGAGUGAAUCCACAGCCUCGGUGCCGCCCCAGUCGGACGUGUACCGGAUGCUCCACGACAAUCGGGAUGAGCCUUCUCAGCCUCGCCAGUCAGGCUCCUUCAGGGUGCUCCAGGAGAUGGUGAACGAUGGCCCUGAUGACCGUCCUGCUGGAACGCGGAGUGUGAGAGCUCCGGUUACAAAAGCGCACGGAGGUGCUGGUGGUGCACAGAAGUUGCCGUUCUGUGACAAGUGUGGGAGUGGCAUCGUCGGUGCCGUCGUGAAGGCGCGGGAUAAGUACCGGCACCCCGAGUGCUUCGUGUGCGCCGACUGCAACCUCAACCUCAAGCAGAAGGGCUACUUCUUCGUGGAGGGGGAGCUGUACUGCGAAACCCACGCGAGAGCCCGCACGCGGCCCCCCGAGGGCUAUGACACGGUCACUCUGUAUCCCAAAGCUUAGGCCCUGCGGGUGAGGCUGGCUCGCACGCACCCACGCGCACUCACACAGGAAGAAUUUCAUGGCUUUGGGCAGAGGAUCUCGCAGACUGUCGACUCCAAAUCUGAAGCCGAGGCUUUUAGACGUUUAUUUCAUUGUGUAUUGAGGCAAAGAAAUGGGAGGCAGAUGCCAGCUAUAUGACAGAAACAUACAUUUACCUAUGUUUUGCAACUCUUUUUAUCUUUGGGCCUAGCAAUAAUGACAUUUAAAGCAAUAACUUUUGUAUGUCACACGCCACAAUUUACAUGUAUAUUACGGCAUCAAACAUGUCAACAUCAAGAUAUUUGAGUGAGUCUAAUUGUCUUUCCUCGACAAGUUGAUUCUGUGAUUGUGGUAAAUACCAAAUAACAAUCUUGUAUUCUAACAUAAUCUAUAGUUGUCUGUAACUGUUUUAACUAUUACAGUGCAUGUCGGGAGAAAUUCCCUGAAUUUCUUUAGUUUCGUAUUCGAACAAUUAUGCCACUGGAUGCAACAAACAUAAUAAACACAUAAAACAUUU